AUGUUCUGUCAAAUCCUAUUACAAUUUAUCAUUUUUAAAAACUUAGGUCAGCUGAAACUCCGUUCUGGACGUGUACUCAUUGUUGGAUGUGGUGGACUCGGUUGCCCAGCUGCAGUUUAUCUUGCUGCUGCUGGAGUUGGCUUAAUUGGAUUAGUUGAUGAUGAUAAAGUAGAAUUAAAUAAUUUACAUCGUCAAGUUGCACAUUCAGAGUCAACAGUAAAUAUGGCGAAAGUUCAUUCACUGGCCGACAGAUGUAAGCAAUUGAAUUCCACAGUGAAUAUACAAACGCACGAGAUUCAUUUAGACAAUACAAAUGCAGCUGAUAUUAUAAAAGAGUAA